UCAUUGUUUAAAAUACUCUAGGGACAUGUGUUGAGUAUGAAUAGCUAUUUUGAAGCUUAAAUAAGCUCUAACGUUGGAUCUAAGUUUUCUUGUAUAUACUCUGUGUUUUGCUCACCUGUUGUAACUUCACCGCGGUUCACGUAGUCAAAUACCCUUUAGGGCCAUGUUUAAAAUUCUACUUUAUUUGUCUGAGUGACAAACAUUUUCUUGGAGAUGUACUGUUCUACACGUAUAGGGCCACGUAUAUGUAAAUGCUCUUCACAUUUAGGGUCAUGUGCAGAUCUUACAUAUUCUUUUAAAUAUGUAACGGUCUUGAAACGUAAUCAAAAUGAUGGUUUAGACGAUGCCACUUGUGACUUGUUCUUCCAUAUCCGAUUCGUAAAGAUCGACAGUUGCCUUUUGUGUUAGGGCCAUUGUGUCAUUUUUUUAAAUUGUAAAUCAGGUGUAAUGACACCUGUAACGUCGGAUACACCUUGUAAUCGCUGUAAAGAGCAUAGCCUAAAAACAGGAUGAAACAAUUUGCAUCAAUUGGUUUUUUUUAACAACCACAACACAAGUAGAGGUUUUGAUCGAUGGUAUUUUUCAAUUCUGAUAAGUCCGAUCACAGCUGGUCGGCAAUGUGAAUGUUGUUUCCCUUUGAACCGCGUUGCGCGUAAGUUGCUUUGCGCAAACUGGAAUAUCAUCUUCGCGACCAGUUGACCAAAUUAUCUAUUUAGUCUAAAUUAAGCUUUCUUUCUCAACGGUUGAAUCCAUUACAGUGGUCGGGUAAGGGCCACUAAUUGGAUUAUCUUCACCAAAUUAUCCAUAAACUAAGCUUUCUUUUUCUCAUCUCAACAGUUUAAUCCAUUCCAGUGGUUACGUAAGGGCCACUGAUUGGAUUAUCUUCACCGUCUGUAGAUACUUUGCACCCAGUUAGGCCUAGAGAUCUAAGUAGCGUAAACCUAAACUAAGUUUCCCCUUUUAUGAUUGUAUCUUGAUAGUGGUCAGGUAAAGAACCAUUAAAAUACGUUUUCCUUCUCUUUAUACCACAGCAUGCCUGCACCGGUCACAAAUUUGAUCAGGAAACCACUGUACAUUAAACAUAACCUAGCUCCGCUAGGAAGAUUCUUUUAUUUUCAGCCACUUGCAAUUUGAUUAGAAGGACCAGCAAGCCAGAUGAGCUCAUGUCAGGAGCUGCUGACACGGAGGAACCGGAAGCAGGGAGGAGGAACAACGGAUGGCUGGAUGACCCUGCUUAUCGGGCGACCCAUUACUGAUUCCCAGAGAUGACGGUCUACAAGAUGAGCUAUCUUUCUGGACGAAGAUACAAUCACUUCUUAAAGGAACCGGAAGCAGGGAGGAGGAUAGACGGAAGGACUGAUGACCUGCUUGCAGAGCAAGUCUUCACCAAAUGUUGAGAUUCUUCUUGCUUCGUUGAGUUGCUGAAAAUGGCGGAUUCUAAACCCAAACGCCUCGCUCUUUGGUCCACUGGGCGUUGCUUGUCUACUGCCAUGGUAAUGAGCUUCGGUAACUAUGGCAACGUGGAAGUCUUCAAUGAACUGUACGCGGGAGCAGCCAGUUUCGGCCCGGACGCCACCAUUCAAUUUCCUCUGCCGAUAAAAGUGGAUGACGAGAUGUCGUAUGCUGAAGUCAAGGCGCUCCUAGAGACCGAUUAUCCAACCAGGGAUCUUGUUUUUAUCAAGGACCUCGCCAGUAACGUAACGGGGUGGUACGACAAGCUGCCGAACGGUUACACGCACGCGUUCAUCAUCCGCAACCCGGAGAAGACCGUCAGCUCCGGAAUCCGACUUUCGGAGCGCGCGGGGUUGACUGUGGAUCAGUACGUGCAGUUGGUCAAAUCGACAGGAAUGACGGGCGGCGGAUUCGGAGACCUGGUCAAGUUGGCAGAGCAUCUUGAGUCUUGGCUGGGUAAACCUCCCGUGAUCUUAGAUGCAGAUGACCUCCAGCGUGACCCUGAGAAGAUGCUGCGUGCAUUCUGCAAGGCCCUGGACCUUCCGUUCCGAGAAUCUCUCCUCAAGUGGGAGCCCAUCACGGAGAUACCUUGGACCAACUCUAAGGCCAUGCUCGCCAUCCACAAGAUUAGCGGGGCUUACGAGAACGCCCUCAAGAGUUCGGGUUGGUUAUUCAGCGACCCCAAGCCCGUUGAUAUGAGUGGUCUGCCGCAGGUACUUCGUGAAUUAAUCGACGAGGCGCGGCCAUUCUACGAAAUCCUUCAUGGAAAGCGUGUGAAGCCAGAACACUAGUUGACUUGGAUCAAUUCUGAUCUUGUGUGCACUGCAAAAUGAUAGUCUUAUGACAGUUAGAGGAAGGCCUGCGCAGUGUAGUAGUACAGUACACACUGCGUUUAGAAUUUUAGAUGUAGUACCGGUACCGGUAUAUGGAGAACUUUGAAUUCUUGUAACUGUCAGUGUUUCCACUCUAAAGAACAGAUUUUGUAACUUUUAACUAACUCGUUACUGGAUGAAUAUUUUGUUGAUCACAUUCUUUUCGAUUUUCAGAUCAUUAAGACAUUGUUACCAUUCACUGAGUAAUUUGAAUAACUCAGCAAAGUAGACCUUAAAAAUAGAGAAACAAAUGAAGCACGUUUUUAAAAUUUCAAGGAUUUAAACUGUAAUUUACGGCCUGGCAUUGUCUAGCUGAUGAGGAGGAUGAAAAUAUAUUACUAUAAAUAAUUGAGAAUUAUACAUUAAAACAUUUUUAGAACGUGUGAAAACAUUAAAA